CUGAUUUUUGUAUCGGUCGGUGUCUUGACGACAUGACAACAGCGUAAAAUAACGUGGAAAACGACUAUUCUUUCUGCUAAGAUGCCAGGUCAGAAGUUAUUAAAUGUUCAUGAUGCAGUACGCAACGGGGAUACAUUGUCAUUGGAAGCCAUGGUGAAGAGAGGAGCAAGUAUUAAUGAAGUAGAUGCUAAGAAUAAGUUUACUGCUCUUCAUUGGGCGUGUCAUGGUGGAGCUCUUGAGUGCUUACAUUGGUUACUAUGGCAUGGCGCUGAUAUUACUGUGACAACACCACAAGGCUGGACUGCAGCACAUCUUGCUGCAAUUAAAGGGCAGGAUCAAUGUAUUCAGGCUCUUGGUACCAAUGGAGGGAGCAUGAAUUGUCGAGAUCUCCGUGGUAACACACCAGCACAUCUAGCUGCAGCUCAUGGCAACUCCUUUACUCUCAGCUCAAUAUUAAGAGUUGGCACAGAUCUUGAAGCCAAGAACAUGAAUCGAUGGAGUGCUGUACAUGUUGCAUCGUAUCAUGGCAGACUGGGAUGUCUACAACUACUGGUUAAAUGGGGUGCCAGAACUGAUGAAACAGAUAACCAUGGAAACAUCCCAGCUCAUCUUGCCGCAUCUGAAGGCCACCUUCCGUGUCUGAAGUUCCUUGUAAGUCACGGAGCAAGUCUCUCGGAUACUCUUGGAGCAAGAAAUGACAAUGGAGAAACACCGAAGACUCUUGCAUCCCAGUUCUAUAAGCAGAAUUGUGUGGAUUACAUCAAUGCUGUAGAUUUAGCUUUCCCAGCUCACAUCGCAGCCUCGUCUGGUGAUUUGAGUCAUCUCAGAAUGCUAAUAGAACAAGGUGUCGUUAAUAUUAAUGAACGAGAUGAAAGAGGUUCAACUCCAGCUCAUAAAGCUGCAGGUAACGGCCAUCUUGAAUGUCUGCAGUGGCUUGUUGAGAUGGGAGCUAAUGUGCACAUCCAGAAUUCAGCUGGGGAAACACCUCUAGAAGUUGCUAAUCGAUUUGCUCAUCUUGCUUGCAUCAAGCUACUCAAAGGAGAUGAAUCUGAUUCUGAUGAAGGGCCAGCUGAUUAUGCAGUAGACAAUGAAGACAAUGAGGAUCGUAUCGCUAGACUUUCAGCUGACCAUGGAACGGGAGAAGGAGAGUCUGUCCCUCUGACUGGUCAACAGAAAGAAGAGGCUAGAGGUCGUGCUAUGAAGCGUGUAGAAGAGCUUGAGAAAUUAAUGCUUGUCGCUAAACAAAACUAUCAUCAGCUGGGAGGACGGUUGAACGAAGACAGAGAGUUCAGACAGCAGGAGAAGGAGAGUGAUCGGGUGAUUGGUGAGCUGGAAUCCCAGUUGGAGUACGAGCGAUUGAGACGAGAGAAACUUGAGUCACAGCUGGAUCAAUGUCGAUCUGAAAUACAACACCUCAACGCUCAGCUAGAAAGAGCAUCAGUUAUGGGAGUGAGUGAGGAAGAGAGCAAACCAAAGAAGAAGACCAAGAAGAAAUCUCGGACCGCUGAUGGUGGCGUCUUUGUCAAGAGAACAGUCACUAAGCCCCAAUCCAGCAGAAACAUUGACCUCUUCUGAGUACUGACCUUUAGUACAUUUAGGAAUUGACCUUUGGUAAUUAAGAAUUUAUGUCAAGAGAACAGUCACUAAGCCCCAAUCCAACUGCAAAACAAGUGCUACCAAUUGGUACAAUGUAUGAUGAUUUUUAGACAACAAAAAAAAGAGAAGGGAGACAGAAAAACAAACAAAAAUUGUUUUUGUUUCAACUGCUUGGUAUUGACAAAGGUUGCAAUUUGAGAGACUAGGGCAAAUGUAACUUGAUUCCUGUAAAUACAUAUUGUAAUAUUCUGUGACAUUUCCUCAAAGUGUAACUGUAGAAAUAUUUUCUAUAUCUAAGAAAUAAACUAAAUUGAGUGUGACUUAAAGAUGUUAUGUAAUUGUAAUAUAUUCAAUUUAGUAGUGUGAAUAUUUGUCUGUAAGUGCAAAGGUUUUGUGAUCCGAAAUAUGACCUAUUUUUGUGACUUCUUAGUACUGAAUGGGGUUUUUGUGACUUCUUAGUACUGAAUGGGGUUUUUGUGACUUCUUAGUACUGAAUGGGGUUUUUGUGACUUCUUAGUACUGAAUGGGGUUUUUGUGACUUCUUAGUACUGAAUGGGGUUUUUGUGACUUCUUAGUACUGAAUAGGGUUUUUGUGACUUCUUAGUACUGAAUGGGGUUUUUGUGACUUCUUAGUACUGAAUGGGGUUUUUGUGACUUCUUAGUACUGAAUGGGGUUUUUGUGACUUCUUAGUACUGAAUGGGGUUUUUGUGACUUCUUAGUACUGAAUGGGGUUUUUGUUUGUGAAGUAAAUGAAACUAAAGUGUGUAUAUUUUGCUUUUAAAUAAUAGGUUGUGAUAUUUAGAUAAUAUUUAUAUAUUCAAAGGAAAAGUGUGAUAUUUUCUUGGCUUUUGAAUGAGAACCUAUUCCACUAUUCUUGAGUUCAUUGAACACACUUUUAUUCAUCCAAAUUGAUGGUCACUUUAUUAACAAAUUUCGAACGAAUUGUCAAGUUUCCCUGCAAUUUUGCACAGUUUAAAGUUUAAACAAAUGUUUUCUUACCCAUGACAGUAUUAAGAGCAUGCGUAACUAUCAAACACCAGUAUUCACACUUCAUGAGACCCAACAUAAUAAUAUAUCAAAUAAAAAGUCUGUGGACACUAUUUGACACUAGACACUAUUUGGUACUUACUCAAAAUAUUUGU